AGCAGAAUUUUUCCAUUUAGGACUGGAAACACCCAAACCGAAGGUGAGCACCUUCAGGCUGCAGCAGUGGAUACACUAGGGAGUCGACUCAAGGAUAUGUCUGUGAUUUCUGCUCAACCACCACCCUAUGGGCUUCUGCAGCGAGAAAAGCACAUAGAAUCACUUUGUCGCAUAAUCUGCCGACGCGCCCGAGGGGACACAGGGUCACAAGGCAUGCUCAGAGGAGAAAAAAGCAAGAUGUUCAGGGGCAGGCAGAGGAUGAUGGCUUGCAGGGGAGCUGUGCCAACACAGAGAAUGAUGCUCAAAGCUUUAUGCUGCUAUGAAAAUGUUGAACAGCUAUGCAUUACAGCCAGACCUCAUCUCCAAGGUCCAAACUGUGAACCAGGCCGUCUAUACAGCAUCAACACAGGAGCAGGGGUGCAACUCUAUACAGCAGCUGAAGACACAUCCUGCCUAUGCCUUGCUGCCUGUGGGCCUGCUCGUUCCUGCACCAUCAGAGGCUACAACCUUCAGGCAGAGCCAGCCUUUGUGUUUGAAAGACCCUUGAGAGCAGAUGCGUGCUGCUUUGGAUGCUGUCUGAUGGAGAUGAAAGUGUUUAAUUCUACACAGCCCUCUGGAAGUGUUCAGCAAAGGUGGAGCAUGUUCACACCUUUGCUGGAGAUAAAAGACCCUGAUGGGACUCUGCCUCUGCACAUCCAAGGGCCAUGCUGUCGCCGCUGCUUUGCUAGCCAGGAGUUUGAGGUGGUGUCUAAGAUUGGUGAAAAAGUUGGAAAAAUCUGGAAAAAAUGGCCUGGUUUCAAUGAAGAUUACAAUAUGGACCAUGAAUACUUUGGAAUGGAUGUUCCAGCACAAAUGAGUCCCAAGAUGAAGAUUAAAUUACUAGCUGCCACUUUCCUCCUGAACCAGAUGUUCUUUGAGAUGAGCUAGGAAAACCAAGCUAAAGGACAAAAAGGACUCUUGUGUACACCUGUUGGACUUGCAAACACCCCAAUUCAAAGGUGCAGUGCAUCUGUAAGCCAGACUAGUCGGAAGCAAAAUUAACUGUUCCAUAUGGCUGGCUUUACUAGUGAC